UCACCCCUCCUCGAGCCCCUUAGCUCCUGGCACCCGGAGAGGGAUGGCAGCAAGGGUGGGAGGAGGGGGAGAGAGGGACUGACAGCAACUGCCCUUUCUCCAGGAUGGGUUGAGAGAAACGAAAACCUCCCGAGCUCCUUCCUCUGGGUGUUUUGGAGCAGAUCCUGCCUGCCUGGCGGGGUGACUCCUCUGCACUGUCUGUGCGCGUUCCUGUGCGUGUGCUGCUGCCAUCGCAGAUGUACCCCCAGCUGUCACUUCACCGCGCACAGUCUCUCCCUCUCCCGCCUCUCUCUCUCUCUUUCUCUCUCCCCCUAUUUAUUAUUUACGGAGGAUUACAGUCCCUUUCCCACGCUGUCACCUGGCCGUGCGGCUCCUCUGCCCUCCACGCGGGGUGAGCGGCUGGCUAGGGGGGGCUCCUGCCAGCGAGGGUCCACCGAGAGCCCGGCUGGCAAAAGAGGGACUUUUCUGCUGGAUUUGUUUUGGGAUUGUACCGGCUUCACUGGAAGAGCUGCUAUUCUCACAGGAGGGUCCAUUCCAGCCUGAGAGAGGACCUGGCAGGCAGGCUACAAGGUCAUUCCUUCUCCUUUUGGGGCUGUGUGCCAGGCUGGCUGUUGGAUGUGAAGACACGCUGGAGAAGACAAGGAUGCUGCCUACAAGUGCUGGCCACCGGUGGAGGAGCAGGUUCCUCAUGAGGUGGCAAGAGGCUUGUCUGCUUGGCUGUUGGCUGUCGCUAUGUGCUGCUGAGUCCUUCUUUGCUUGUCCUUCCUCCUGCAAGUGUAACAGUGGCAACCUGGAAGUGGACUGUAGUGGCUUGGGCCUCUCUUCCAUUCCCUCAGACAUCCCCACAAACACCAGGACCUUCCUCUUUCUCAACAACAAACUCAGCAUCCUGCCAGGGGCAGUGUUUUCCAACCUCUCCGCUCUACAGAGGCUAGAUCUAUCCAACAACUUCUUGGACCAGCUCCCUCAGAACAUCUUCAGUGACCUGGGGAACCUCACGGAGCUCCAGCUGAGGAACAACAGCAUUAGGGCCUUGGACAAGGACCUGUUACAACACACGGCCCUGCUGCGUCAGCUGGACCUCUCCAUCAACGGCCUGGCCCAGAUCCCCUCGGGAAUCUUUGACGACCUGCCUGCUCUCCGCUCCCUCUCUCUCAGGUCCAACCGCCUGCAGAGCCUGGACAGGGUGACCUUCGAACCGCUAACCAGCCUGCAGCUGCUCCAAGUUGGGGAUAACCCCUGGGAAUGUGACUGCAACCUCCGAGACUUCAAACACUGGAUGGAGUGGUUCUCCUACAGAGGUGGCAAAAUUGACCAGCUGGCAUGUACCCUGCCCAAGGAGCUGAAAGGGAAGGAUAUGCGAAUGGUACCCAUGGAGAUGUUUAACUACUGCUCCCAGCUGGAUGAUGAGAACAGCUCUACCGUGCUGGACAAUACUGGCCCACCCUGCACUAAAGGCAGCCCAACUCCUUCCAAAUCUAAAUCAGGCCCAGAAACAGAAGUGGAGCCCAGUGUGGGAUGCCCUCAGAAACAGCGAUACAGGCCCGUGAGCGUGCGCCGGGCCAUUGGCACUGUGAUCAUUGCAGGGGUGGUUUGCGGCAUCGUUUGCAUCAUGAUGGUGGUGGCAGCUGCUUACGGCUGCAUCUACGCCUCCCUCAUGGCCAAGUACCACCGGGAGCUGAAGAAGAGGCAGCCGCUCAUGGGUGACACAGAAGGUGAACAUGAAGAACAAAAACAAAUCUCCUCUGUGGCGUGAAACUCUUCUAGGAAGGAAGGGACAGCGAUGAAAAAAAGGUACCUGAGAGCAGUCAAGCAUGGGGCCCUCCCAAAAUACAUCUUCCCAGACAGAGAGACAGACUGUGCUAUUGCUCCACUCACCCAAGUAGUGCAACAUGCUUCUGGGGGGUCAGGGCACCUGGCUCAAUUUCUUUUCCUCUGCCCCAGGCCCAUUUUGUGCCCUUUCACCCUUGGGGCCUCCCAGACAAAAUAAAGUAGAGUCAGACCUCGA